CUUCCCGUUCCAGCGUGCUCCGGUGUCGCUACUCGCGCUUUAGGAAUUUGUUUGCAGCCGACAAACACUCAAACAAAUAAAAAUAGAGGGAAAUUUGGCAGGACAUGUUUAAGGCAAUUUUCCAUGUCGCGGAGGAAGAACCGAAAUGCAGGCAGAGAUGUAGCGGUGAAAUAAUGCGGAUGUGAACAAUAUAAGUUAGAGUCCACAUGAGUAAAUUAUUAGCUGGGGCACAAUGCGAGGACUGAAGACCGAAGGAACCAGGAUGGUGAAGCAGGCCACUUCUCGUCGCGCUUUGUCUCGCUCCUUCACACAUUCCUCUCGGACAGAACUCUCAUCACCUUUAGCCCACUGGACCUCUCCGUCACCCCAGACCCUGUGUCAAGACCCUUCUUUCGUUCCGGAGUGGGAUCCGAGCAGCGAUCCCAGCCACGUCUACCUCGACGCUGCAGCAAUUUUCCGGAACGCGCAGCAGGACAAGGGCGCUGCUCACCAGCUCAUCGGCUACGGGAAGAAGUCGAAGGUCACAGCGCUGAAAGUUAAGGAUGAGGUGUGGCAGCGCAGGGCUUAUGAGUUGGCCUUCAAUGCACUCAAAUAUCAAGAGAUGCUGGAGGACAUCAUGAUCAACAGCAGCUUCUACUCAUCCAAACUAGUGCCGGACGAGCAGAUGAGUUUGGUGGCUGUGAUAUUGUACGACUUGCAGGACCGAAAUUUCCUCCAACGUGAGCGACCGGCCAAUCGGGACAUGCCGGAGGAGGUGGCUCAAGUCAGGCAUGUGGAAAACUGUCUGCUCAGGUUUAAGACGAAGCUGGCAGCAGCUUUAGCGCGCUGCAGAAUCGAACACAACCUGCUGAGCAUCGACUGCAUGCUGCCAGAGAGCGUCAGACUGAGCCAGGAGAGAGGGUCUAAUCUGCCCAUUCACGCCUGGAUUAAUACACUGCGCACCAGCAGGCAGGAAGUGUGUGAGGUGCUGAAGAGUGCUUGUUUCUCGCGCGUGAACUCGGUCGCCCAGUUGGAAGGACGGACGUUUUGUGAGGACCUCCACUGCCUCGACUUGCUGGUUUUUCCGACGGGUGCGAAACAAGAGCUAGACAAAACGAACCUGCUGAAAGAUCGAAAGCUGGUCAUCCAGGACAAGGCGUGCUGCAUGGGUCCGUGGGCGUUACACCCCUGGCUGGGUCCGGACGGAGACGUAAUGAUGGCCGGGUCGUUCUCCGCAGCCACCGUGGCUCACACGGCUGCCAUCAUCCAUUCAACACACACUCAAACACACGAUAUCCCUCAUAUAGGCAAAGAGGCAUUCAGUAGAAUGCGGGUGCUCGUGUGUGUUGGGGAGUGCUCGAGUGUUCAGAGAGAAGAGCUGCAGGAGGUCCUUGGCAGCAUGGGCUGCAGCAACGUGAAGCUGCUCCCCGAGGCUCUCCACACUCUGGAUGUUUGUGACACACGGCUGCAGAAGGUUCAGCUCAUCCUGCUGACUCCACAGUGUUCUCUCUCCGCAGUCUCAAACCCUGUAGAAUACCUGCUGCAGGAGAAUGGGGAUAAAGAACUGCUGCAGGAUCUGUCCCAGGGCGCCGUCUCGCAGUCCAGACUGCACACACUCGUCUCCGAGCAGAAGCGAGACCUUCGCCAUGCCCUCGGUUUUCCUAAAGUGCGAGUCGUGGUGUACUCCAUCUGUUCCUUGCUUCCAGAGGAGAACGAGGACGUGGUGAGGAGCGUUUUCACGCUCACCGAGCAGGACAACUCCAAACUACAACCUUUCACGCUUAGCCCGCCAUCUUUCCCACUCUGUGAUAAAGAUGAAGGCAACAAAGUGGUUGAGAAGGCAGACUUUUUCCGGCUCCAAACUUCCGAUCAGAGUAACGGCUGCUUCUUAGCCGUCCUCACACGCCAGCCCAAACCAGAAGUGACCGAGACGCCACAGGAAGUGAUAGCUCGCGCCGCGGCUAGGGGCUUGCUGGACGGGAUCCUGCCGACUCAGCCGAGCAAAAAAAAGGGGCGUGGCAGACCGAUUCGAAAAGGUCUCAGGCAACAAUCUCGCCGUCGAAACAACGCCUAUGUCAGCAGCCAGACGCAGUCUCAGAACCAGGAGGUGAAAGGGAAUAGUUCGGCCCCGGUGACGGUAAAAGAGAGGACAAACUUCACACACUCGCCUCAGGGAAAAUGCAAACACUUUUCCAUGCACGCAACCACGACCGUCUCCAGUCUAAACUCUGCCUCCCUUACCACUGGACCCACCUCCUCCUCCUCCUCUACAGGCCUCACCAUGUUCCAUACAAGUUCAGCCUCCUCGAUUACAGCCCCUGCUUCAUCUACACCAUCCAAUACAUCACACACCUUCUCCAUCUCUACCACAGACGCUACCCCUCUCAACACACGUGCCGCCUCGUCCAGCAACAAACUUAGCGUCACCUCUUUAACCAAGAGCCCCACGCCGUCCCACAGAGUCCCCAAUCGAACCGGCGGCCGCCGAGGUGCUGUUCCUGCGGUUCCACCCCCUGCCCCACCCAAAGGCAGACAGGAAAUCCUGCAUCCCGUACUGAUUUCAUUUCCUCCCAUUCAGUUCCCAGACCUGUGUUCUGUAUCUGUUCCGGUCAAGAUCAAACCUCCGCUUUUGCACCAAAGCUGGAGGAGCUGGUCACGCCCUGCCCCGGUGACAGGCACACGAUUCAGGGGUAGCAUCUCUGACACACAACCACUUUUAUAGCCAUGUAAUAUUGCUAAAAAAAUACACUAAAUGACUAUUUUUUCUAUAAUAAUAAUAAUAAGUAUCUGUUUUAUUCACUCUUGUAUAUACACUAUCAUUUUGCGAAAAAAAAAAAAAAAACUGAAUUAAACCUUUAACACAGCUGCAUUUUUUUGAAAUGUCUUUAUUAGCACAGGGACAUCAUGGACAUUAAUACGCUGAGAUUCAGGGACACAGGUGAGUUACAAUCUGCUUAUAAACUGUAAGAAGCCUUUCUUUUUUUUCCCCCUUGCCACACCUCUGGGGCUCAAGCUUUAUUCAGAAACUUGGGGUUUAUUAUAGGAUCAAAACGUACUUGAAACAAAUUAAUAAGAGUGAGUGAAUUACGCAACAGAGUGUACGUGUUUUUUUUUUUUUUAUCGGAAUUUUAAAACAGCUGGACGUGGCCACACCCAUGAUUCGCUUAGAACACGCCUAUAUAUUCACCACAGUAACAUUAAUCAUUCUUUACAUUUGAUUACGUGUCCAUUGUUGCUUAGCGUAGUUGUUAGGGAAGAGUUACACACGGGUUUAAAAGGAAAGUCUGUUACUUUUACAUGUCGAAAUCGUCCACGUGUUGGUCAACCACAUCAACAACAGUGUCGUCCAUACACUAUAUGGACAACAGUAUUGGGACACCUGACUUUUCCAGCCAUAUGUGCUUCUUCCUCAAACUGUUACCAGAAAAGGUUUGAAGCACACUAUAGAAUAGGACGUCCUUCGAUGCAGUAGUAUUACAUUUUCCAUUCAAUUGAACUAGGAGACCCUAACCUGUUCCAGAAUAACAAUGCUCCUGUGCACCAGCUAAAUGAAGAUACUUUACAUGGGUAGGACUUUGAGAUCUCCUCCUAGUGCUAUAAAACCCUACUGAACACAUUUAGGAUGAAUUGGAAUUCUGAUUACACUCCAGGCCUCCUGCUGACUUUAUUCAUACUUUAUUGUGGCUGAUCUAGUGGAAAAUAGAAGAAUUGAGUUUAAAUCUUAUAGUGAGGUGUCCACAAUCCUUUGUCCAUAUAGUGUAUGUUGGUCCAGUUGUCUUCUUGUAAUUCGCACCAGGACUGUAGCAAAGCUCAGGAAAUGCAACAAUACACUACUUCUCCAGUAGGGGGCUCUGAGAGAAGUGCAGUUUACGAGACGGAUCUUGUGCUACAUCACGUGCUACAUUGAUGCUUGUUCUCCAGGGAGAGAUUUUGGGAGUAGAGGUGGUCUGACACCCCUGGACAUACGUUAUUUUACCCAUGUGCAAUCGGUUUCCCAACCGAACCUGGCCGCCUCGACGUUUCAUUUCAUCUCACUGACCGUAAGUCACGGCAAAGUCUCGAACCAAGGCUCACAGGCCCAGACGUCCAGAACAGGCGUGAAUUUUAACAUUAUCAUGACAUCAGACACGAAAAAAAAAAAAAGUUUCUUCACC